CAAUUGAUUGCAAUGGUUGAUAGAAUCAGAAUGAGUGUAAAUGCAAGUUAAAUAUAUAGGAAAUAGGUGCUGGUUAAAUUAAGUUUUCUUAAUGUAAAUAUGAUUGUUUGUUGAAGAUGGUGGUUUCAUUUGUUUAUUACAUAUGUGAGAUAAAACAUAUAUAUAUGUAUAGAGUAUUAAGGUUGAGUUGUUCUUGCAAGUUAUGUAAUAGUUAUAUUAAGGAAUUGAGUUGACUCGGAACAGUCUUUCCAAAUUGUUUACAAUUGAAGCAACAAGGUGGAUUAUUUCAAAGAAUUUCAUAUGGAUAAAUCAAGAAUUUCUGAGACGUGUUACACACUACAUAUAUGUGUGUGUGUAGUUGUUCCAUCUCAAAAGAAAAUUAUUAAUACAUUCACUCGUAACAAAACGAUCCGAAUCAGUAGAGAUCGAUAUAUCGAAGAAAAUCAUGAGUUCUCCAGCUGAAGAUGUAAUUACUUUCUGCGUUUUUCGUGUGUUUUGUUGUUGUUGUUUGAUGAUGUUAUGUUAUUGUUCAAAUCGAUUACGUACUACGAGUCGAAAUCGAUUAACUUAUGUAUUUUGUUUUCGGUUUUCUUGUUUCUGCAGAAUACAUGCGGCGUUUGCGCGGGAAGCUUGACAAGCCAAGCCAUAUUCACAGCCGAGUGCUCCCACUCGUUCCACUUCGGCUGCGUUACCAACAACGGUUUUGCUAAUGCCACUCCUCUUCGAGUUUGCCCUCUUUGCCAAACCAAAUGGAACCUUCUUCCUUUCUCUAUGCCCGUUGUUUCCAACGUCGUUCCCGAUAACAUUUUCAACGUUACGUAUCAAAAUCGGCCUUCGUUCACUCGACGAUCACCCCCCAUGAUCGAACCAGAGCCACUUCAAUUCUCCGACGAUGACUCCCUUCUAGAAGCUUCUGUCGUCGUCGUCGGCUUGCUGCAGAAAGUGAGUAUCAAGGCCAUACCCGAACGCCCUGCUAUUUCCGCUUCCGAACCCGUAUCUCUAUUCACGAUCCUCCUUAAACUAAAGGCACCAUCGUUAUCAGCCGAUGCUAUUUCCUCUCAGCGGGCCCCGAUCGACCUUGUUACGGUUCUUGAUGUCAGCGGCAGCAUGUCUGGGAACAAGCUGAGUCUCGUAAAGCGGGCCGUACAUUUCGUGAUCGAUAACUUGGGCCCUUCCGACAGGCUGUCGAUAGUAUCUUUCUCGACCCAAGCUCGGAGAAUAUUCCGUUUGACCAGAAUGACGGACACCGGCCGAGAAAACGCCAAGCUCGCCGUUGAUUCGCUCUACGCGAGGGGCGGCACCAACAUCGUCCAAGGCCUGAAGAAGGGAUCGCAGGUUCUUGAGGAAAGGCGUUACAGGAAUCCGGUCGCGAGCAUCGUAUUCUUGUCCGAUGGAAACGACACUUGCAACGGCGGCGGCGGCUCGUAUUUUCAGCAGAACUCGAACUUCAGACAGGAUCCUCCGGAGUACCUAAAUCUAUUGCCGCCGUCUAUUUACCCCGGAGAUGGUGGUGGACCGCAAGAGGUGGAAACCAUUCCGGUCCAUUCGUUCGGUUUUGGUUCGGACCAUGAUCCUGUUACCAUGCACGCGAUUUCCGAUGCGUCGGGAGGUACUUUCUCCUUCAUCGAGUCUUACGAAAUGGUGCAGGACGCUUUUGCGAGCUGCAUUGGCGGUUUACUGAGUGUGGUGACUCAGGGGCUUCGUCUGACGCUGAGGUCAGCAUCGCAAGGAGUGGAAAUCAAAUCGAUACCUUCCGGAAGAUACUCGAGCGAGAUCACCGAUCAAGGAUCGAAAGGCACGGUCCACGUGGGCGACCUCUACGCGGACGAAGAGAAGGAAUUCCUCAUCAACUUAUCGGUCCCCGCACUUCCAAAUUCCGAAGAAACCGAGAGAAAGACGUCUCUUUUGGACAUCGUGUGUUCUUACAGAGACGUUGUCUCGAAAGAGACGGUGGAGAUAGAAAGUGAACUAGUGGAAAUAAAACGUGUAAAGACGGUUUCACCCUCGGAUAUGACGGUGAAUUUGGAGGUCGAUCGGCAGAGGAAUCGUCUGCAUGCGGCGGAGAGCAUAGCGGAGGCUCAGAAGAUGGCGGAAACGGGAGAUCUAUUUGGGGCAAGGAGUGUACUGGCGAAGGGUAGAACCGACAUUCUAGGUUCUGCUUCGGCUCAAGCAGGGGAUGAGUUCGGUGCGUGGCUCGGAGAUGAUAUGAUGGAGACUGAGAGAAGAAUGGGGAGUGUGCAGCUAUAUGAACGAGAGGGACGAGCUUAUGCGCUCUCGGGAAUGAGUUCGCAUGGUACGCAAAGGGCGACGACGAAAGGGAAGUUGUUGGCCGGAGCGGCAUCUGCCGAGAGCCUUAGCUUCCGCGAUGUUGCGACUCGUCAAUCUGCUCCUGCUGGUGGUGGUGCUGCUGCUGCUGCACCUUCGUUUGGUUUCGAUCCGUAUUCGACUCCGAGUAUGGCUAAUAUGGUUUUCAAGUCUCAACAACUUAGCAAGACGGACGAGACUAAUAAUACUACAAAGGAAAAAUAAAGUUUCUCGAUUCGAGUUUCUGCUAAAUGGCAUUCAUCCUAAAUUUGUGGGAUACUCCGAGUAUUCAUGGUUUGUUGUGUUUGGUUCGUAAAUAAAGUUCUUGAGGGUUUGAUGUUGUUUGAAUUCAGUUGUUUCUGUACUGUUGUCUGAUGUAUGUAAAUCUCUGGUGUUUGUAUGAAAAUUUCAAAUUUGGGGUCCAAAGAUGUGUGUUAUUAUCGAAUAAUAACGAAAGGAAAAGUCAUUUUCAGCAAGCUAUGGCUGUUCAACAAAUUUUGCUAUCCAUCACGGCUUGCUCGUACACUGAUCCAAUUUAAUUAACGGUGGCCUCGAUCGACACUGAGGAUGCGUAUACGUACACGGAAAAAUAAUGGUGUUUAAUUUGCUGAUAUUCAUCGGAAAACGUUGGUAUAAUUAGUGAUUUGUGCUUCAAUUUCAUAUUUUCGACGUGGAAAGUAAAAUAAAUUCCUUUAGUAUCUGUCCGAAUACUUUGUAGUGUAUAAAUGAAACAACAUACAUUGCCACUAAUUGUGACC